GCUCGCAAAAAGCUUGAAUCUUCAUCUGCAGAAAAUAAGAUCAGUUUUGAAGCAAUUGACACGGCUUUAUUUAGUGUAGCAUUGGAUGACUAUCCUACUGAUACAAAUAUAGAUGUUUCUAAUCAUAAUUGCAUUCAUGCAUAA